CUGAGGCGUCCGGCGGGAGGGACGCAGCUGGAGCCCGAGCGGAACCCAGCAGAGCGCGAGCGGAGGCCGCAGCCUGAGGCGGUGGAACGGGGGACGGAGCGGGCCGGGCUCCCAUGGCGUCUGCGGCGUGCGUCUGAGCAGCGCGGGCAGCGGCGGGCGGUGGCCGGAUCGGGCCGGGGCUCCUCCUCGCCAUGGGGGACGUGCUGUCCACACACCUGGACGACGCUCGGCGCCAGCACAUCGCAGAGAAGACAGAGAAGAUCCUGAGGGAAUUUCUCCAUUUCUAUGAGGACCAGUAUGGCGUCGCACUCUUCAACAGCAUGCGCCACGAGAUUGAGGGCACUGGACUGCCACAGGCGCAGCUGCUCUGGCGCAAGGUACCCCUGGAUGAGCGCAUCAUUUUCUCGGGGAACCUGUUCCAGUAUCAGGAGGACAACAAGAAGUGGAGGAACCGCUUCAGCCUUGUGCCACACAACUACGGGCUGGUGCUAUACGACAACAAAGUGGCCUAUGAGCGGCAGGUGCCACCCCGAGCCAUCAUCAACAGUGCAGGCUACAAAAUCCUCACCUCCGUGGACCAGUACCUAGAGCUCGUUGGCAACUCUCUACCAGGGACUACAUCAAAAUCAGGCACUGCCCCCAUCCUCAAGUGCCCCACACAGUUCCCGCUCAUCCUCUGGCACCCUUAUGCACGUCACUACUACUUCUGCAUGAUGACAGAAGCCGAGCAGGACAAGUGGCAGGCUGUUCUACAGGACUGCGUCAGGCACUGCAACAAUGGGAUCCCUGAGGACUCCAAGGUGGAAGGCCCCGCGUUCACGGAUGCCAUCCGCAUGCACCGCCAGUCAAAGGAGCUGUAUGGCACCUGGGAGAUGCUAUGCGGGAAUGAGGUGCAGAUCCUGAGCAACCUGGUAAUGGAGGAGCUGGGUCCUGAGCUGAAGGCGGAGCUCUGCCCUCGACUGAAGGGAAAGUCACAGGAGCGGCAGCGCCAGUGGAUCCAGAUCUCGGACGCCGUAUAUCGCAUGGUGUAUGAGCAGGCCAAGAAUCAAUUUGAGACUGUGCUAUCCAAACUGCAGCUGGCCCGGCCAGCCAUGGAGGCGGUCAUCCGCACCGACAUGGACCAGAUUAUCACCUCCAAGGAGCAUCUGGCCAGCAAGAUUCGAGCCUUCAUCCUCCCCAAGGCAGAGGUGUGUGUGCGGAACCAUGUCCAGCCCUACAUUCCGUCCAUCCUGGAGGCCCUGAUGGUGCCCACUAGCCAGGGCUUCACAGAGGUUCGGGACGUCUUCUUCAAGGAGGUCACAGACAUGAACCUGAAUGUGAUCAACGAGGGUGGCAUUGACAAGCUGGGCGAGUACAUGGAGAAGCUGUCCCAGCUGGCCUAUCACCCCCUGAAGAUGCAGAGCUGCUAUGAGAAGAUGGAGCCACUGCGGCUCGAUGGGCUGCAGCAGCGUUUCGAUGUGUCCAGCACAUCUGUGUUCAAGCAGCGAGUCCAGAUCCACAUGCGUGAGCAAAUGGACAAUGCUGUGUAUACCUUCGAGACCCUCCUGCACCAGGAGCUGGGGAAAGGGCCCACCAAGGAGGAGCUGUGCAAGUCCAUCCAGCGGAUCCUGGAGCGGGUGCUGAAGAAGUACGACUAUGACAGCAGCUCUGUGCGUAAGAGGUUCUUCCGGGAGGCGCUGCUGCAGAUCACUAUCCCCUUCCUGCUCAAGAAGCUGGCCCCCACCUGCAAGUCGGAGCUGCCGCGCUUCCAGGAGCUGAUCUUCGAGGACUUUGCCAGGUUCAUCCUGGUGGAGAACACGUAUGAGGAGGUUGUGCUGCAGACCGUCAUGAAGGACAUCCUGCAGGCUGUGAAGGAGGCCGCCGUCCAGCGCAAGCACAACCUGUACCGGGACAGCAUGGUCAUGCACAACAGUGACCCGAACCUGCAUCUGCUGGCUGAGGGAGCACCCAUCGACUGGGGCGAGCAGUAUGGUGACAGCGGUGACGGCAGUGGGGGGGACAGUGGCAGUCCCAACCCUGAAGCAGCCACCCUCUCGGAGAAGCGCCAUCGGGCCAAACAGGUGUUGUCUGUGGUCCAGGACGAGGGGGCAGGGCUGCCCUUUGAGGCUGGCUCUGAGCCUCCGUCACCUGCAUCUCCGGACAGUGUCACUGAGCUCCGAAGCCUGCUGGCUCGGGAUCUACGGGCUGAGAGCCCCCCGCCAUCCAGCCCCCUGCUCAAUGGGGCCCCUGCCCAGGAAAACCCCGAGCCCAGGGCAGUCCCCGAGGCCUCCUCAUCGUCUGCAUCACCCCUGCGGCAUCUCCCACCUGGAAAGGCUGUGGACCUUGAGCCCCCCAAACCCAGUGACCAGGAGACCGGGGAACAGGUGUCCAGCCCUGGCAGCCGCCCCCCCAUUCACACCACCACUGAAGACAGUGCGGGGGUGCAGACAGAGUUCUAGGCUGGUCGCCCCAGGCUUCUAUGGACACAGUGCGGGCCAUGCCUCCAGGGCACUGCAGGCUCUGCUCCAGGGAAGGGCAACCAACCUAUACCUUGUGGGUGGAGCUGGGCAAGGGUGACUGGAACCCCUGGGGGAGCCAGGCCCACAUGAGUCACUUUAUUGGGUUUGGUCCACCCUUUAUUGCUCUGUUUUCUCUUCUGUGGGCUGAUCUUGGAGGCAGGGGCUGAUUUUGAGGUUUUCCUUUGUGCUGUGGGCUGUACAACUUAGGGGGGCUGGGGAGUCCCUCCAUUCUGCCCUCCUGCUGUCACCUCUAUUUCCUUCACCGUGGGUCUUACUAUCGACCAAGGGAGAUGAAAAGCAUCAAUGCUGUGACUCAAAAGCCUGGGAAAACCCAGAUUCCCUGUUAUCUUCCCCUCAGGGCUCCCUGGCACCUUGAUAGGGAGGAAGAAAUGAAGGGAGAGGUGGCGGAAGGUGGGACGGGUGUGAAGAUUGUCUCUGUCCUGCACUGUUCAGUCAUCCCCUUGACCCCUGGCCUAGAGGCUGGAUUCCAAGUGGACACUGGCUUCACUCCCCCCAGAGGCUGAGGGAGGCCAAGAAGGAGGGUUUCAGGCUGGAGCCAAGCUGGGGGGUGCUGGAGGAGGGGAAGGAAGGAUUUUGGGGUGUCUUGACAGGGGAGUGGGCCAGGUGCCUGUGAUUGAAAUGAGAAAGGCCUGGAAUGUGCUGGUCUGUGGAGAGGAAGUGACUGAAAGGAGGAAGGAGCUGACCUUUGGGGAGAAGCUAAGGGAGCCUGUGAGCAAGAGGGUGAGGUGGCAGUUAGUGUUGUUGCAGCUGGAGCCCAGCCUGUCUCCUUCCUGAUAACCUGAGCUCCCCCAUUCUCGGAGUUCCCUCUGUUCCUCUCUUGGUCCCCACAUUCACACUCUGGGUUGGGCAGUCUCUCAGAAGCAGGGCUUGGUGGGCAUGGGCUCUGUCUGCUCCCGAUCAUCUCUAAGGUACUCACUGCUUGCCAAGGAGGUAGAGGGGCUCCUGAGAGGCAGCAGGAGAACCUGUGGCUCCCCAAGACACUGAGGAUUUGCGUGGCUUUGGCUGCCUCUGAGUCUUGAGUCACCUCACUGAAAAUUCCAGGCCCUUCUCAGAUGUCCUUGUGAGUCACUUUGAACUGAUGUCCCUUCCUCGAGGGUCAAGUCAAGGCCACCCCAACUUGACAGCCCCCCCUUCCUGUGCCUCCUCAGACCUUCUCUGCUGUUGGGAGGACAGAGCAGAAACUGCCUCUUCAAGGUUCCCAGGGUGGGGUCCCCUCCCCAGCCCUGUGUCCUCCAUCCCUUGAACCUGCUCCCCUGGGCUGGAGCCUUAGCCUCACAGGACAAGGCUGGUGCUCAGGGCCACCAGCCUCCUCUGACAAAGUCAGUGAUCUCUUCCAUGCUCUCUAGUGCCUUGGGGGUUUCGAUCAUCCUUCCCAGGUGUGGUAUUGAGAAUACUAUGCAAACUGUUUAAGCUUCUGCUAAUCAAUAAAUGCUUUAUUUAA